AUGUUUAUAAUACAGACAUUUCAGGUAUUAAAUAUCCAAAUACCAGUACAAGUAGUGCGAUGUGACUUUCCCUUCGCCAGUAUUCUCACCCUCACCAGCCCUCUUGCAGGCAGCACACAUGAGGUAAGAAAGAAAGAAAGAAAGAAAAGAAAGAAAGAAAGAAAGAAAGAAAGAAAGAAAGAAAGAAAGAAAGAAAGAAAGAAAGAAAGAAAGAAAGAAAGAAAGAAAGAGAGAGAGAGAGAGAGAGAGAGAGAGAGAGAGAGAGAGAAAGAAAGAAAGAAAGAAAGAAAGAAAGAAAGAAAGAAAGAAAGAAAGAAAGAAGAAAGAAAGGAAAGAAAGAAAGAAAAAGAAAAGAAGAAAGAAAGAAAAGAGAAAAGGAAAGAAGGAAAGAAAGAAGGAAAGAAAAGAAAGAAAGAAAGAAAGAAAGAAAGAAAGAAAGAAAGAAAGAAAGAAAGAAAGAAAGAAAGAAAGAAAGAAAGAAAGAAAGAAAGAAAGAAAGAAAGAAAGAAAGAAAGAAAGGAAGAAAGAAAGGAAGAAAGAAAGGAAGGAAGGAAGGAAGGAAGGAAGAAAGAAAGAAAGAAAGAAAGAAAGAAAGAAAGAAAGAAAGAAAGAAAGAAAGAAAGAAAGAAAGAA